GAUGGUGGACAAGAGGAUGCCUCCUCCAACGUUCUUGGUCACAGAUAUAUCGCUGGCGUUCGCCCGUGAAGAUCAUCAAAAGAACCAUCAUCAAUUUCGCAUCAUCAGAAAUUGAGAAUGGCGUUCCAAAUUGAGGAGAAUGUCGUUCUUGAUGCCGAUUCAAAAGCGUUAGCACUCAAGGAACUCAGGGAAACUGAGGAUAAUGUCAAAAAUGGCAUUACUGCUCUUAGAAAACUUUUGGAAGACGACACGUCCCUUUUCUUCAGAACAGACGAUAGUUUUUUGAUAAUUUUUUUGAGGCCUUGUAAAUACUAUCCAGACAGUGCGUACGCAUUAAUGAAACGUUGCGCUGAAUUUAAACAAAGUAAUGCAUCGUUAUUAAAUAAUUUAAUGCCAGCCGAUGAGAGGCAAGCGUUUCUCGAAAAUAAUGUCGUUAAUGUCAUGAAGAACAGAGACCAUAAAAGAAGAAGGGUACUCAUUGUGAAUGCAGGAAAAUCAUGGGAUCCAUCUAAGGUCAAUGCCGAUCAAAUGUUCCGUAUCUUUUACCUUAUUCAUGAAGCUGCCGUUCUCGAACCUGAAACACAGGUCCAUGGAGUAGUCGUGAUUAUGGACUUCGAUGGACUUUCCAUGAAACAAGUUAUGGGCUUGACACCUGCUUUCUGCAUGCGACUUUUGACCUUCAUUCAAGACGCUAUGCCUCUUCGACUAAAAGAGGUUCAUUUCGUUAAACAACCAUUCCUCUUCAACAUGGUUUGGCAAAUGUUCAAGCCAUUCGUUAAGGAAAAAUUGAAGAAGAGAAUGUUCUUCCAUGGAACAAAAAUGUCCUCCCUUCAUACUCACAUGGCCGCUAGUCAUUUACCAAAGAAUUAUGGUGGCGAAUUACCAGACAUUGAUUACACUGGUGCCGAUUGGUAUCCCGCUAUCGUCAAAUACGAAGACAGAUGCAAAGAAUGGAACACUUUCGGAUUUCGUAAGAAGUGAAUAUUGCCCGACGCUCGUUUGUUGUAAUUUGUUAAAUUAUCGCAAUUAAACAUUAUUUCUUAUUAUUGUUUGUUUAUUA